AUGACGCACUCCCCACCUGGCCACCUGCACGAGACCCCACAAAACCCUAAUUUCCAAGACCCUACAAAAGCAGAGCUAGUUAAGACACUCUCAACAGCAAUUCUGGCUAAUCCUUGGUGGACUGGUCAUCAGGUGGGGUUGGGUGCAGGGGUAGACCCUGCAACCAAUUCACCAUCUUCCACCUUAAACAAACUCCACAUGGACCUUUCCAUCAACGAAAGAAGCCUCGGCAGAGAAAGACAAGAGGAAGAGGAAGAAGAUAGAGACAACGGUGAUGAACCCAAAGAGGGUGCAGUUGAGGUUGGAACUCGCAGGCCAAGAGGGAGACCACCCGGGUCCAAAAACAAGCCCAAACCACCCAUCUUCGUCACCAGGGACAGCCCAAACUCCCUCAGAAGCCAUGUCAUGGAGGUUGCCGGCGGCGCUGACGUGGCCGAAAGCGUAGCCCAGUUUGCUCGCCGCCGCCAGCGUGGCGUGUGUGUCCUCAGUGGGAGCGGUUCGGUGGCCAACGUCACUCUCCGGCAACCAGCGGCUCCGGGAGCGGUUGUGGCACUUCACGGAAGGUUUGAGAUUCUAUCCCUAAGCGGGGCGUUUUUACCUGGUCCUGCUCCGCCAGGCGCGACUGGACUCACUGUGUAUCUGGCCGGAGGACAGGGCCAGGUAGUAGGAGGGAGUGUUGUAGGCUCCCUUGUAGCAGCUGGACCAGUUAUGGUUAUAGCUGCCACUUUUGCUAAUGCUACCUAUGAGAGGUUGCCACUUGAAGAGGAGGAAGACGAUGGUGGUGGGGGCAGUGUGCAAGGAGGAAGUACUCUGGGAGGGUCUCCUCCUGGAAUUGGAAGCAGUGGUGGCGGUGGGGGUGGUAGUGGUGGGGGCCACCUUCCAGGUGGGAUUCCUGAUCCUUCUUCUUUGCCUUUGUACAAUCUCCCACCAAAUCUUCUUUCCAAUGGAGGAGGCCAAGUUGGGCAUGAGGCUUUUGCUUGGGCUCAUGGCCAUGGAAGACCACCACCUUACUGA